UGCUGAAAUGCUGAUGCACGCGACAGCUUCCCGAAAACCCCAAGCACGGCUGACGUCAUCCACGGCGGUCCGUUUCCCCUUCCGCCCCAACGCAAACCCAUGUCCGCCGCCGCCGCCGCCGCCCGCGCCGCGCGGCUGCUGCUCCCGUGUCUCCCCCAGACCACCACCACGCGCCUUCUCCAUGCGAGUGCUUCGCAGGGGGCGGCGCGGGAGGCGUCCGGGAGCUUCAUCCACCCCGCCGCCGUCGUCCACCCCGAUGCCGUCAUCGGCCAGGGUGUCUCGAUAGGGCCCUUUUGCACGGUAGGGCCUUCAGCCAGGAUUGGUGAUGCCUGUCAAUUACAUGCUGGGAGCCAUGUCGUGGGAGAUACCGAGCUAGGGGAGGGAUGCAUUGUUCAAACUGGUGCUAUUCUUGGUGCAGAUAUCCCUGGCCAGACAGUUAUUGGGGAAAACAACGUCAUCGGACACUAUGCUACUGUUGGUAUAAAAUGCCAAGAUUUGAAAUAUAAGACUGGAGAUGAAUGCUUUCUACAUAUUGGUAGAAAAAAUGAGAUCAGAGAGUACUGCUCCAUUCAUCGUUCUUCCAAAUCUUGCGACUGCACGGUUAUUGGUGAUAAUAAUCUUAUAAUGGGUUCGUGCCAUAUAGCUCAUGAUUGCAAGAUUGGUAACAAUAACAUCUUUGCUAAUAAUACUCUGUUUGCUGGCCAUGUAGUUGUUGAAGACUGUACUCACACUGCAGGAGCUGUUGUUGUCCAUCAAUUUUGUCAUAUUGGGUCAUACUCAUUUCUUGGUGGAGGCUCUGUGGUUGCACAAGAUGUGCCAAGGUACAUGAUGGUUGCAGGUGAUAGAGCAGAGCUUCGUGGUCUGAAUCUUGAAGGUCUUAGGCGCAAUGGAUUCUCUGACCAAGAGGUACGGUGUUUGAGGAAAGCUUAUCAGAAAGUAUUUAUGCCAACUAUUACUAUUGAGAGUAGCUUUGAAGAGAGACUGGCUGAAUUGGAAAGGGAAAAUGAGCUGUCAGAAACUCCUGCUGUAUCCUGCAUGGUCGAAUCAAUUCGCAUGUCGUUUGAUCAAGGACGUCGAGGGAUUUGCAAAUUCCGAAGUUGGAACAGUUCAUAAGUUAAUCAGUUCUUAAGUUCACAUGGCAGUUACCUUAGUUUUCUCUCAGCAGGUGCAUAUUCAAUUACCCUGUAUGACCAGGCAAUCCUGUCCGAACCUGGCGAUCAACAAUAUGUUCUUUGCAUUUGUGUAUAAGACAUUCAGGAAACCCUCUGUAGCCAGGAUUUUGUUCCGGAUGUAUGAGAUUUUUCAUCCUAUUUGUAGUUUUGCUAAAUUACAGGGAAUCCUGGAUUUUGUUCAGAAUGUACAUGGUGGCCUAGAUUCCAGGUUCAAAUCUGUAAUAUCUGAAUAAUGUCACCAUUAAUUGGGACCGAAUUGUGCAAUAAUGUUUAUUUGGGAUGAGUGUUCUUUUGAGAUA